CGAGUCCGAAACGGAAAUUCCGAUCGACGCAGCCCACCGGAAUCCUAUGCGGCGGCGCAGUCAGUUUGCAUUACCGGCAAAGAGUCAGGAGAAAAUCCAAAAAUAUCAAAGCUGUUUUCCAUAAUAUAAGACAGAAUCCAAGGCCCCCCUAAAUCGGUAGCUUACUUUCCAAUUUCCAUUUCCGCCUCCUAGCCGCAAUGACGGACGCUGCCUUCUCUAAUAUUUCCGACGAUGUCGUCCUGAAUAUCUUCUUCAAACUUGAAGAUGAGCCCAAAAAUUGGGCUCGCCUCGCCUGCGUCUGCACCAAAUUCUCCUCUCUGAUCCGCAACAUCUGCUGGAAGCAAAAAUGCUUCAAAGAGAUUCCCGCGGUUUGUGCCGAUCUCCUCCACGCUUCCUCCGCCCCGCCUGGUGGGUGGGCUGCUCUUCACAAGCUGGCCAUCUGCUGCCCGGGUCUUCUCCACUCCGGCGUUCUCCUUGAACACUCUGAUUUUGGCCUCGAGCGCGAGCUUGGACCCGACGAGAAUUAUCAAAAGACGUCUAUUGCUCAGGAUUCAAAACCACCCAUCGAACCUUGUUCCAGCAAGAAUGAAAGAGAUCUGGAAGUGGGUGCUCCUGCGUCUGAUUGUUCCUGGUCGCUUUUCGAUGAUCUAUAUUUCGAUACCGUCUGUAACGCAUCUGAAUCGCAAGAUGGUAUAUCCGAGAAGGUAAUUGAGAAGGAGGCAGUCAAGAUAGGGAGUGAAUUUUCCGUUUGUAAGAGGAGAAAGAUCUUUAGAUCUCUCGGGUCGCAUUCGACGGAAGGGGUUUGGAAUUUAAGCAGGGAGCAGGGAAACAAGUUGCUGGCGAGCAGGUUCCGAGGGGAUUGCUUGUACAUCUGUGAUUGGCCCGGGUGCGUACAUGUGGAGGAGAGGCGGAAUUACAUGCUAUUCAGGGGGAUCUUCAAGGAUUUCAAGAGUUCUCGUGUCUGGAGGACAAUAAACGACGGGAAUCGUAGCAAAAUCGAUCUGAAUUGCGCCUUCUGCUCGUGCAAGGAGACUUGGGAUUUGCAUUCUGCGUUCUGUUUGAAGCGGGUUUUUGGGUACCAUGAUGAUGGGGAGCCAGUUGUUCGAGCUUAUGUCUGUGAGAAUGGGCACGUCUCUGGUGCCUGGACAGAUUGGCCCCUAUAUAAUUGAAACGUUCCUUUAGUUAGUAAGUUCCUUAAUUGCUCAUUGAUGCUUAAUUGGUGAAGAAGUUGGGAUCUAUUUAUUUAGGUUUACGUGAAACUGCCAUAUUGUCAUGUCUGUUGUUGUUAUUGUUGUUUCAAUUAUCCUGUUUCCUGUAUUGGGUUUAGGCUUUAACAAUGAAAUAUUGUCCUUUAAUUGAAAAUGAUGAGCUUGGUAUUGUUUUCAUUUGAUCUUGCACUGUUUGUGAAAAUAAUAUGUGCUGAUAUAC